GACCAAGAGAACCUGCUCACUCAGCUGAAGCCCCCUGUGGACAGCUGUCUCUCCCUCGCUCUCAGCUGAUGGAAACUGCUAGUAACCACUGAAUGGGGGAGAGUGAAGUAAAACCACAGGACCAGCAGCUGCAGCUCCAGCGGCGGCAGCAGCAGCAGCAGCAAGCAAGAGCUCUAUUGUUCCCAAGUCUUAAACAGUUUUCUUCCUUUCCAACUGGAAUGCACAAUAGCUGGAAAGCCAUUUCCAGUCUGCCUGCCCUGUGAAGAAAUCCUGACUGGAGGGGCGGGUGGGAGAAACCCUUCGGGCAAGGGUUCUCCAUUGUGCUGCUGGUUUGGAGAGCGAGCAGGUUCCUGGAAGGCAUGGAGAUGGGAGAGCAGUGUGCAGCUUUCUCUGGUGGUCCAGUGGUCUCAGCUCAUCCAAGCAAGUGCCUCGAGGUUCUUGCGCUUCUCUGGUUUGGGAUGUGGGUCGCUACGGCACAAAGUGAACUGGAAACUUCAGUGUAUUUGUGGAAGACAGGUCCAUGGGGCAGGUGUAUGGGAGAUGAAUGUGGCCCAGGAGGUAUCCAAACUCGAGCUAUAUGGUGUGCUCAUGUGGAAGGAUGGACCACACUCUUCACAAAUUGCAAGCAGGCAGAGAGACCUGACAACCAACAGAAUUGCUUCAGAGUUUGCGACUGGCACAAGGAACUGUAUGACUGGCAGCUGGGCAGCUGGAACCAGUGUCAGCCAAUUCUUUCAAAGAGCAUUGAAAAAGCAACAGUUUGUGUGAAGGGAGAAGAAGGAAUUCAGAGAAGAGAUAUUAUUUGUGCCCAAAAAUCAAAUGGUGUGAUAGUUGAGGACACGAUAUGUGAAUACUUUGAGCCAAAACCUCAGCUAGAGCAGGGAUGCCUCAUCCCUUGUCGGCAGGACUGCAUUGUAUCUGAGUUCUCAGCCUGGACAGAGUGUUCUAAGAGCUGUGGCAAAGGGCUGUCCUACCGUUUUCGCCAUAUUGUUGCUCCCCCUCGGUAUGGGGGCUCUGCCUGUCCCAACUUGACAGACUUUCAGGCUUGCAGCUCACCCCCAUGUGCCACUGAAGAAAACCUGUAUAGCCUGAAUGUCGGGCCAUGGAGUACCUGUUCAGUUCCUCACUUGCGGCACAUCAGACAGGCAAGGAAGCGUGGGAAGAACAAGGAGAAGGAGAAAGAGAAAAACAUUCGGGAUCCAGAAGCCCGGGAGUUAAUUAAGAAGAAGAGGAAUCGGAACAGGCAGAACAGACAGGAGAACAAAUAUUGGGACAUACAAAUUGGAUAUCAGACCAGGCAGGUGAUGUGCACACACAGGAAUGGAAAGACUGUUGCUUUGAGCUUUUGUCAACAAGAGAAGUUGCCAAUUACAUUCCAAUCUUGUGUGAUCACAAAGGAAUGCCAGGUGUCAGAAUGGUCUGAAUGGAGCCCAUGUUCCAAAACGUGUUUUGAUAUGACAUCCCCUAAAGGUUAUCGUACAAGAACACGGACAAUCAAGCAAUUUCCUAUCGGCAGCAAAAGUGAGUGUCCAAAGCUAGAAGAGACAGAGCAGUGUGUAACUCAAGGAGAUGGGGUGACUUCUUGUAUCACAUAUGGCUGGAGAACCACAGAAUGGACAGAAUGUCGCAUUGACCCUUUACUUAGCCAACAGGAUAAAAGGCGAGGAAAUCAAACAUCUCUUUGUGGAGGUGGAAUUCAGACUCGGGAAGUAUAUUGUGUGCAAUCAAAUGAAAAUCUCCUCUCUUAUUUAAAUACACUCAAGGAAAAAAAAGAAAGUCAGACCCAGAGCAUAUCAAAAACUAGUGCUGCUCCACUUCUAUCCAUCACUUUUGAAAUAACAGCUUCUAAACCUGUGGAUUGGAAACUGUGCACAGGCCCUACUCCUAGCACCACUCAGCUGUGCCACAUUCCAUGUCCCAUAGAGUGUGAGGUAUCAGCUUGGUCAGCAUGGGGGCUGUGUACUUUUGAAAACUGUGAGGACCAGCAAGCCAAAAAGGGUUUUAAAUUAAGAAAACGUCGCAUCAAAAAUGAACCCACGGGAGGCCCUGGCAACUGUCCCCAUUUGAUUGAAGCUAUCCCCUGUGAAGAACCUUCUUGCUAUGAGUGGAAAAUAGUGAGCCUGGAUGAGUGUAUUCCAGAUAAUGAGAAGGAUUGUGGGCCUGGUACACAAGUGCCUCAAGUGGUCUGUAUCAACAGUGAUGGAGAAGAGGUUGAUAGACAGCUCUGCAGAGAUGCUAUCUAUCCUGUCCCCAUUGUCUGCGAAAUUCCUUGCCCAAAGGACUGUGUUCUCAGCACUUGGUCUGGAUGGUCCUCCUGCUCUCACACCUGCUCAGGGAAAACCACAGAAGGAAAACAGAUGCGUACCCGUUCCAUCCUGGCAUAUGCAGGUGAAGGUGAUCUUCAGUGCCCAAAUAGCAGCAUGCUGCAGGAAACACGCAAUUGCAAUGAUCAUCCUUGUACAGUUUAUCACUGGCAGACUGGUCUAUGGGGGCAAUGUAUAGAAGAUACCUCUGUGUCGACAUUCAACUCUUCUACUGGUUGGAAUGGAGAAGCCACCUGUGCUGUUGGGAUGCAAACAAGGAAAGUCAUCUGUGUGAGACUCAACAUGGGACAAGUACCACCCAAAAAGUGUCCCGAAAACCUUCGUCCUGAAACUGUUAGACCUUGUUUGCUGCCCUGCAGGAAAGACUGCAUUGUGACUCCUUACAGUGAUUGGACACUAUGUCCUUCCUUAUGUCAAGAAGGGUCAGUUGUUACAGUGACAAAACAGUCUCGACAUCGAGUCAUCUUGCAGCUCCCUGCGAAUGGGGGUCGUGAUUGCCCAGAGACCUUAUAUGAAGAAAAAGACUGUGACCCUCCUCCUGCCUGCUUGUUUUAUAGAUGGAAGACACACAAAUGGCGCCGAUGCCAACUUGUACCAUGGUAUGUUCGGCAAGACAGCCCAGGUGCCCAAGAGACAUGUGGUCCAGGUCUACAAGCAAGAGCUAUCACUUGUCGCAAACAAGAUGGCAGCCAAGCUGAUAUUGGAGAAUGCCUGAAAUAUGCAGGGCCUUUACCACCCUUAACCCAACUCUGCCAAAUUCCUUGCCAAGAUGACUGUCUGUUCACAAGCUGGUCAAAAUUUUCUUCCUGCAAUGUGGACUGUGGAUCGGUUAGAACAAGGAAGCGUUUACUUAUUG